AUGGGUCUGAAAGGGAUUCUAGGCUUCGAAUACGGAAUAGUUCAGGCGCCGCUAGGACCAGAUAUCUCCGGUCCCGAGCUCGUAGCCGCCGUCGCUAAUGCCGGAGGGAUCGGUCUUCUCAGAUGUCCUGAUUGGGAGUGUCCUGAUUACCUGAGAGAGAUGAUAAGGAAGACGAAGAGAUUGACAGAGAAACCAUUUGGGAUCGGCGUUGUUCUUGCGUUUCCUCAUGAGCUGAACGUAAAGGCCAUCUUAGAAGAGAAGGUUGCUGUGUUGCAGCUUUAUUGGGGUGAAUGUUCAAAGGAGCUUGUGGAUGAUGCUCAUCGUGCCGGAAUCAAAGUUGUUCCCCAGGUAGGGAACGUAGAAGAAGCUAGAAAGGCCGUCGCUGUAGGAGUAGACGCUAUUAUCGUCCAAGGACAUGAAGCAGGAGGGCAUGUAAUUGGGAAGGAUGCUCUGUUUUCGUUGUUGCCAAGAGUAGUUGAUCUGGUUGGGGAAUGUGAGAUUCCGGUUAUCGCCGCUGGAGGAAUCGUGGACGGGCGCGGUUACGUCGCAGCCUUGUCACUUGGAGCUCAAGGUGUCUGUCUAGGCACAAGGUUUGUGGCGACUCAUGAGAGCUACGCACACCCAAUAUACAAGAGGAGGUUGGUUGAGUAUGAGAAGACGGAGUACACAGAUAUCUUUGGACGAGCAAGGUGGCCUGGUGCGCCUCAACGUGUUCUCCAGACACCGUUCUUCGAUGACUGGAGAUCUCUCCCGCCUGAUGAGAACGAAGUUAACCAGCCUGUCAUCGGCCGUUCCACCAUACACGGCGUCGAGAAGGAGAUAAGAAGGUUCUCGGGAACUGUGCCGAACGUGACAACAACGGGGGACUUGGAGAGCAUGGCGAUGUACGCAGGCCAAAGCGUAGGCCUCAUCAAAGAGAUUCUACCGGCUGGGGAGGUAGUGAAGAAUCUCGUGGAAGAAGCUCAGCUUCUGAUGAGAAAACUAUAG